AUGCGUUCGCAAACAUCCUUCACGACCAAGCAAGUCUGCACCUACUUCUUCACCCCGCUGCUCGACGAGCAAGAUGAGCCCACUGAGCACUUUCGCUGCCAGUUUGGCACAGUGCACAAACAAGACGUCAAGACGGGCUACUCGAACCUCUUUAGCCACGUGCUGAAGCAGCACCCCGACUACGUGACCACGCUGGCGAACAGCGGGUUCAACUCGGGGACGAUGGUCGUUUUUAUAGACCAGAAGAGCCAGACCGCCUACUGCUGGCUGGACUUUGUCACUGAGCGCAACCUCCCUUUUUCGUUCUGCGAACACCCGACUGUGGACAAGUACACGACGAUGAAGCGGAUUUGCACCGAGACGCUGUUGAAGUACGCGGUCUUGGUGACCAAGGAGGUCGAGAUUGGCAUCAGUGCGUUCAUCCCUCUCAAAUUCGGUAUCAUACUUGACGGGUGGA